UCCAAGAAAAUCGGGAAAUGGAUACAGAGAGGUAAUGGAUUUACCAUUACCAAAAUUUACAUUUGGUGCUAAUGUGUUGUUAAUAACAACUUUACAACAAGAAUUUUAAAGGAGAGCUCGAGAAAUUCCUCAGGAACUGCGACAGGAGGAAAUUGGCAGGUAUAUUUCGAAAGCACCGCGCAUACCAGACCUGAGAAUAUUGCCAGAGCACAUAAACUCAGGAGAGAAAGCAUUUGCCUACAUCGAAGAAAUUGUAAGUUAAAGAUUUUUUUUAAACGUUAAAUAUAUUUUAAAGUUAAUAGAAUAAAUUAUUAAAAACAAUAAUUUGUUUUUCUAAAUUCAAAUUUUUAAAACAUAGAUAGUGUAACAUGUAGUGAGUAGACUCUUAUGCUGUUUGACUUAAGGUGCAUUCAGAACUUGGCAACCGCUUGAAUGCAUGCGUGAGCGGUAACAAGCUGUGGGUGUACCGUAAAGCAGCACGCAUUGGUGUGAGGGAGACAGAGAUACUCUCUCUUACUCUUGUUGCGGUUGCCUACGCAAGCGGUUUCCAAGCUGUGAACGUAAGACUACGCAAUGUGUUAGAGAGAGAAAGAGUAAUCUUAAGGUGUUUCCUUCUCUCUCACUCUUAUAGAAUAAUGGUUCUUUUACUGCAAUAAAGUUAUGAAACUAUUUUUUUUUCGUUUUUCAUACAAAAUUUAUUUUUUUAACAGGACAAGGACCAAUUUCCUCCAGUAGCAGAACCGGUUGCACGAUUUCCGCUACCCGUAGAAGGUGAAAUUUUUCAACCGAUUCCCGAAGAAAUGGGUUCAUCUUUUGUUACAUCCAACAAUCUUUUUCCACAUCGUACUCGACUGAUUUUACAUAAUAAAAUUGAAAUGCCACCAAAAAUUACCACCUUUUCACUAUCACCAGUGUCGCCACCACUCCACGAACAAAUGGGCAAUAAUUUAGCACCAUUACGAGAAUCAUACGCACCCGACUCACCACCACCACCAUUAAAUCCAACACCAUCUACAUUUUUACUACCAGCACCACCAAAGGAAAAAAAAUUACCACCUUUUUACUAUCACCAAUGUCACCACCACUCCACGAACAAAUCGGCAAUAAUUUAGCACCAUUACGAGAAUCAUACACACCCGACUCACCACCAUCACCAUUAAAUCCAACGCCAUCUACAUCCAAAUCUACACAAACACCUGAUUUUUUUUAUACAGAACAGAAAAGAAAUAUAAAAUUAAAUUCUAAGAAACUGACACCUCCACGAACACCAACAACACCAACCAAAGAACAGAUAGACGGUUUAAUUGUACCAACACACCCUACUCCACCCGCAGCUCCAAUAAGUCCCUUAAAAAAAACUCCACCAAGACAAAAAACAAUUAAAAUAAAAAAAGACUGAAAUCACUGCAUUAAAAAACAAAAAUACAACAUUACAAUUAAAGAAACCAAAGCCAACCAAAGACGAUUCAAAGUGAGACGCUUCUCUUUUACAUUUUUUUAAAGCAAAAUUAGUAUUACUCAUGGUAUUUUUAUAUGAUAGUUUUUUUUUAAUAUGUAUUUAAAGUUAUUAUUUUUAUACCAAUUGUGAGGUUA